AAAAAAAAAAAAAAAUCUGAUUAAAUUUCAAUAAAUACUAUCGUUAUCAUUUGUAAAAAUUAGAAAGACACGUUCGUAUCCAGUUCGUCCAAAUUUCCAUUGGUCGACAACACGCGCCUAAAGUUUCAUCCCUUAUCGAUUUCUCGAACAAAACUGCGCCCCGUUUGCCAAAAGUGCGGUGCAGUCAAACGAAGGGUGGUUUUGCCAGCAGACGGUAGUUAAAGGGCGUCGUCCCUCAUCCCUUAAUGCCGGAUAGUUUUGUUCCAUCCAUUUAGUCAUAGUGUUGUUUCAGUGUUUUUCGUGUACUAGCUAGUUAGAUUUUUUAGUAAAAAAAAAUAUUAAUAAAAUGGGAGGGUGUGCUUCCAAGGAAAAUUCUGCCAAAGAGCCGAAAAAAGAGGAUGAUACCGGCAAAAAAGACACUCCAGUUGACGCUGAAGUUCUGGAAAAACUUGAAGCCGGCUUUAAGAAACUUGAAGAUUCAGACUCAAAGUCCCUCCUGAAAAAAUACCUUACCAAAGAAGUGUUUGAUAAUCUGAAGACCAAGAAAACCUCUUUUGGCUCCACCCUUCUAGAUGUCAUCCAGUCAGGUAUUGAAAAUCCUGACUCGGGCGUUGGCAUUUACGCUCCAGAUGCUGAAGCCUACAUUGUGUUCGCCGAUUUGUUUGAUCCGAUCAUCGAAGACUACCAUAAAGGUUUCACCAAAACUGACAAGCACCCACCCAAAAACUGGGGAGAUGUCAGUGUGUUUGGUAAUUUGGAUCCUACUGGAGAUUACAUCGUUUCCACCCGGGUGAGAUGUGGUAGGUCCAUGGAAGGUUAUCCUUUCAACCCUUGCCUAACUGAAGACCAAUACAAAGAAAUGGAGCAAAAAGUAUCGACUACUCUAUCAGGCCUUGAAGGGGAGCUUAAGGGUACCUUCUAUCCAUUGACUGGCAUGAGCAAAGAUGUUCAACAAAAAUUGAUCGACGAUCACUUUUUGUUCAAAGAAGGUGACAGAUUCUUACAGGCAGCCAACGCUUGCCGUUUCUGGCCAUCUGGACGUGGUAUCUAUCACAACGACAACAAAACCUUUUUGGUAUGGUGCAACGAAGAAGACCACCUUCGACUCAUUUCCAUGCAAAUGGGUGGCGACUUGGGCGAAGUCUAUCGUCGCCUUGUUACAGCAGUAAACGACAUCGAAAAACGCAUUCCUUUCUCUCACCACGACCGACUUGGUUUCCUUACGUUCUGCCCAACCAACUUGGGCACCACUGUACGUGCUUCAGUGCACAUCAAAGUGCCAAAAUUGGCUGCAAACAAGGCCAAACUUGAAGAAGUUGCUGCCAAAUACAACUUGCAAGUGCGCGGUACCAGAGGUGAACAUACCGAAGCUGAAGGAGGCAUCUAUGAUAUCUCCAACAAAAGGCGUAUGGGGCUUACAGAAUUCGAAGCUGUCAAGGAAAUGUAUGACGGUAUUGCCGAGCUGAUCAAAAUCGAGAAAGAAUUGUAAACCUCACAUUUUGGAUGAUCAUUUAAUUAUAUAAGCAAUUUUUUAACACUUUCUCAUUGAUACUAUUUUGGUUGCAGAUUACUGACAUUACUGUAAAAAGUAAAUUAUGUUUGUUAAAGGCAUUUUAUGUAAGCUUAUUUUACCUAUACCUCCCAGUACCAGUAAACUCAAUCAAAAAAAAUGGAAAUUUUGUGAUGUAUUUUACUAAUUUAUUUUGGGGUCUUGCACAAAAAAUUGUUGAAUUUUGUUAAUAAAAACUCUGAUACCAAAUAUAAUACAUUUGAAUGGUGCUACAAAAU